UCCCCGGUCCCCACAGGCAUCUCUUUUGGCAGGGCCAGCAUUGAGGGCUCGGCCAACGUGGCUUUUUGCCGGGUUAACCUUGUCAACGACCAUUUCCACGGAAUUGGCUCACGGGGUUUAUGCCCUGACCUGGUCAUUUUCUGGGCUGCCGCGCCGGACACUAGGUUGUUGAUGGGCUCGGACGACUCAUGGUUUUUUCGUUCUUCGUUGCGUGGUGUAGAGGACUCUUUCUCUGCAUCUUUCCAACUUCAUCAUUGCACAUUCGACAACUUCCAGCAGCCUCUGGCAUGUAUAUUACUCGCACCCCACCGUCGCUUUGGGCAGCCCCUGGAUCGCUUGUCAGGGAGAGACGAGAUCCCAAAUCAAGUUAAGCGUCAGGAACAGGCCUUUGGUUGGCCCACGGAAUUAUGGGACUGUACUGGCUUGACUUAG